AUGAAAAUCUUCAAUCGCUUCAGGAAGAUAAUAAUGAAACUUAUUUUUACUGUCCCAUCUCGAUCAGCCCGCGGCACAUCUCCGUCGGGAGUUACGAGCACUUCCAGGCAAAGGAACAGCAGCUGUGACAGAUUUGAGCCUCCAAAGACUUCAUGCAGUUCGUACUACUCGUCGCACGUGCAUUAUAACGAGGCCAUCGCUGACUGCAUCGAGUUCUUUAAUAAGUCUUCUUCUGGCCAAGGGGGCAGUUUGGAUGAUGGAGAAUUCAACGUUAUGGUUUGA